UCUUUGAAACAUAUGGGAGUUUCAAGAAGACGGGGAUCUGGGAUCACCAAAUACUGAAACGCAAUCCCCCAUUUUCAGUGACUCAGCGAGCCUGCUACACGACCACAUAUUUCAGUUUCAGGGUUACAAGAUGACAAUGGCAUCUAUCAAGCCCAUCCUCAGCAAGGCUGGACAUGGAAACUAUGCGUGACCACUGAGCCGGACCUUGAAGAUUGAAUGCAUGUUUGGCACGGUACCUAUCCGUCUGAAUCCCCACCUUGUAGCAACAGGUUACGCACCUGGCCUCCCUCAACCGCACUUAUAGCGCACGGCUUUGACUUUGCUCUUCUCUCAGCACUGCUGUUUUUACACAUGACUCCAACCAUGGUGGAGCACAGCGGCCUGGAUAUUAUGUGUCUGAACAAGUAUUGCCACAGCUCCUCGUCGUCGUCCAGCUCCGAGCACGACAAGAAGAUUUUCACCAAACUAAAACUCAGCCUGUCAGGGGACUACCCGAGGAAGAACGCAGAGAUCCUCAGCGGUCAGUACGGGACAAACUUGUUGCUGAUCGGGGCGGCGCUGAUGCUGGCCAUUGCGCAUCAUGACCCCUCUGUCAAGGAAGAGCACCUGCUGUCCUUUGCCACCUGCCUCAUGAUCCUCCAGCUGAUCUGGAUGAUGUGGUACAUCCUGGUGCGGGACAGACAGAAGAGCACGAGGACCGAGAAAGAUGUCCACGCCACCACAUGCUGGAUAAGAGGUGGUUUGACUCUCCUUGCACUCCUUUCGCUGAUUAUGGACGCUUUCCGAAUCGGGUAUUAUGUUGGUUAUCAGUCUUGUGUGUCGGCUGUGCUCGGGGUAUAUCCUGUCAUCCAUGCAACUCACACCGUUGCACAGGUGCAUUUUCUCUGGUUUCAUAUCAAGGAUGUCAUCAAGAGUUUUGAAACUUUUGAAAGAUUUGGUGUAAUCCAUGCAGUCUUUACCAACCUCCUGCUGUGGUGCAACGGUGUGAUGUCAGAGGCUGAGCACUUCUUGAACAACCAUAAGAGAAGACUCUCUGCUCUGGGCUAUGAAAACCUCACUAUAGAGCACUCAGAGCCAGACUGUAACUGCACCACCAGCACUUGCUCCAUGUUCUCCAGCAGCCUCUACUAUCUCUACCCCUUCAACAUCGAGUACCACAUCUUUGUAUCUGCCUUGCUUUUCGUCAUGUGGAAGAACAUCGGGCGCACCAUUGACCUCUCUUCAAACCGGAAAAAGCUGGUUACCAAAACCCAGGGCUUGACUUUAGGCCCCAUUCUGGGUCUACUUGCGCUUGCCAGCACCAUCGGGAUACUGGUGGUCUACAUCACCCAUGUGGAGGAGUCCCUCCGAAUGCGACAGUCAGCCAUUUCCAUGUUCUAUAUUUACGGCAUUGUCAUGCUGGUGGUCAUGUGCUUCGCUGGCGCUUCAGGUCUACUCAUAUAUCGAGCGAACCACAUGCCUCUGGAUACCUCCAAGAACCCAUCGAGACAACUGGACACAGAGCUGCUGUUUGGAUCCUCCAUAGGCUCCUGGUUCAUGUCCUGGUGCAGCGUAGUGGCUGUGUUGAGCACCAGCAGCAGUCCUCCCUAUCGCUGGACCAACCUGAUCUACUCUCUGCUGAUUGUUCUGGAGAAGUAUGUCCAGAACCUCUUCAUCAUAGAAUCCCUGUAUCGCCAGCAAGAGAACGGAGAGAGGGAGGACCCAGAGUUACCUGCUGCUCCAGAAAUCUUCUCAGUCACCUCUUCUCUGGCUCCACCGUACAACGGCAUCAUCAACCGAGCUUAUGAGACUCCGGACAGGACCUGUGUCACCAUGGAGAACGAGCAGGAGGAGAGCGGGCAGGUGUAUCGGUGUCCACGGAAACAUUCUGAGGUGCCGCUGCCGGUGGGAACCAAAGUAGUGGAACCUCCAAAUAUAAAGAGGCAGAUCCUGAAGAACAUAGCUGUUUUACUGAUAAUGUGCAACAUUUCGCUGUGGAUCCUUCCUGCUUUUGGCUGCAGGCCACAGUACGACAACGGUCUGGAACAGGAGACGUUUGGCUUCAGCAUAUGGACCACAGUUCUCAAUUUCGCCAUCCCUUUGAACCUUUUCUACCGCAUGCACUCAGUUGCCUCCCUCUUUGAGGUGUUCCGCCGAGUCUGACAGAAAGGCAGAUGAUUGACAAUGCCAGAUAACAUGCACAGGAACACUUGUCACCACCAGCUCCCGAGAAGGUCUCACAGCACAGGUCAACCGUUCAGGAGGCAGUCUGGGUCACACUCCAACAGACUUGAAAACAAGCGGUGGAGACAACCAAAAUGUAGGUCCCUCAGUGUGGGGAUUACAGCAGAAGACGAACCUAUUAGCCUGCAUUCCUUGAAGAAUUACCUUGUUUUAUGCGAGGCUUAUUAAAGAUGGUGAUGGAGGGAAUCCACCGUUUCCUGAAUUUAGAAAGGGUCCUUUGUACUUUUUUGUAAUCACAUUUCAGUAGGUUUUUUAAACUGGUGGAUCAUGUACAACAUAGACUUAUAUGCUUUAUCUGAGAUGCACAUUUUGUACUGUUUCAUAUUAAUGACUGAAAAUAUAUAAUACACUACUGACUUGAUUACCAUAUCUGAAAAUAUUACAGUGAAGCCAAUGAAACACCUGUUAGUCUCGAUGUCUAAUAAGCUAAUAGUACUGUAUUCAACAGAGCCGCAAGUGCAUUGGUGUACAACCCGUAUUUUAUCUGUAAUUGAAAUCUAUAUACUGUAUAUGGAUGAGGUUCUCAAUUUGUAGUUCAAGAAGUAGUGGAACAGUAUGCGGCACCUGAGCAACAGCACCAGUGACAAUCUUACCAGUGUAUCUUAAAUCAUCUUUGUGAGUUGGACUUUAGUUCUCAGAAAUAGCACCUGACUAUCUCAGUCAUUCAAGGUUUAUCAGUGUCCUUUUGCAAGCCCAGUCUCUGUUCUGUUGAACUGAUAGAACGUUUUAUUUAUAUUGAAGAAGGGCAAGGUGAGAUAAUAAAUGUCAAAAAUGUUGCCCUUCUUGACCCAGAUAACAUCAAAUUCAUGUAUAACACACUCAUGCGUAAGGACAGUUCCAGGAUUACUACACCAAAAUAAAACAUGUUGCAUUACUGUGAUGACAACUGAAAUAGAGAUUGAUGUUUACAACUGAAGGACCAGCAAUAAAAAAACACCAUAGUCUGUGGCAACACUUAUUUCUUUAUUAUAUAAAGCACAGAUACAUAGUUGUACUGUACAAGUUUAUAUCAAAUCAAUGUAUAACUUCAGUCGACAUCCAGCAGGUUCUCAACCUGGUGCUAUCCUCUGUAUGUGUUCUCAAUAUGUGCCAAGUUGUGGUGAAUCCCUCUGUUUUUGUUUUGCAGAGAUGCAGUUUUACUAUCAUUUUUGUAAAUAAUGAUCAAAAUCAUUCAGACACUGUGAUAUGAUUUUGGGAAAUUCCAAUGAAAUGGUGCUGAUAAGAAAUGAUGUGUACAAUAGUGAUGAAUGUGUAUCGUUUUGCAUAUUGAAAUAAAGAAUGGUCUUCUUUUUUUCAUA